AUGCCAGAUGUAGAAGAGAAGCUGACGGUCCGCAUACACGAUCCCGAUGGUACCCUCUGUGUUUUGUACUCUGGUCACCUACGUCAAGAUCCUGAUUUACUGGAGAAGAUCACAGAAAGAAUGAAGGCUCGCUAUCCGCAGCUCACAGAUGCAGAUUCCACCGUUCCUGGAUAUGUCUUCUACUGCCGACAUUACACAUGGUAUAACCGUUACAACCAGAGCGGUGAUGGUGCACCAAAGGAUGUACAUCCAUCACAACUCACCACUAGUACAUGUCCUAGAAUAUCCCAACGCCUUCCUGAGUUGUCAAAGGAAGCCAGAGAGAAAAUAGAAGAAUACCAGAAUAUUAUACAGGACCUUGAACCUCUCAUUGAGGAGGUUGUGCGACUGUUGAAGCAACAACUUCCCACAGAAUACGAGAUACAGGCUGCAUACGGCAAAGUUUUACCCCUCCAUGGUCUCCCUCCUGGGAUGGUGUUCACCAGCCUUGUGGUGAAUGUAGCUGUUGCCACUGACGGCCACAGAGACUCAAUGGAUAUGGACAUAUGUGUCCUCGCUGCUAUUGGUGAUUGGGAAGGAGGAGAAAUCGUCUUCUACGAGCUUGGAGUGGUCAUUGAUCUGAAACCAGGAGAUAUCUGCUGGUUCCGCAGCACAGACAUCACUCAUUUCAACCUACACUUCAAAGGCCUCAGAGCAUCAUUUGUUCUGACUAAUGAUGGUGCUGGUAGACGCUGGGUGGAGAACAAGAAUGGAUGGCAGCCAACCGGCCAUGUUCAUUGA